AUGGCUUCCAAUACUCCCGUCGAGGAUACCAUCCGUGACAAAAUUACCACUGCUUUCUCCCCCUCCAAUCUUAUAAUCCGGAAUGAUUCCCAUCUCCAUGCGCACCAUGCGCCGAUGCGUGGGUCAACGUCCAGGGAAACGCAUUUUCACGUAACGAUUACCUCCGAAGCAUUCAAGUCGAAGAUGCAGCCGGCCCGUCACCGCAUGGUGUACGCUUUGUUGAAGGAGGAGAUGGACCGAGAGGGAGGAAUCCAUGCGCUGCAGUUGCGAACUCGGACGCCGGAAGAGGAACAGAGGGAGAAGGAAAGGCAAGCGCAGGCAUAA